UCAGCCCACAAUCACACACACUCUAUCUCUCUCCACCGACUAUUCCCUUUUCACUCCUAUAAAUACACCCCUCUGCUACAGAAGCCUACUCAACUGAAAGCUCCACAAACUUCUUUUCUCCCAGUCUCUGCUCAUAGUAAAUUAAAGAUAUUACACACUAAGGUCAAUUAAUGGAAGGAGGGAACAGUUCUACUGAAUAUAAGAAAGGGUUGUGGACAGUGGAGGAGGACAGAAUUUUAAUGGAUUACAUAAGGGUUCAUGGCAAAGGGAAGUGGAAUCGUGUAGCAAGAGCGACAGGACUGAAGAGAUGCGGCAAGAGCUGCAGAUUAAGAUGGAUGAAUUAUCUUAGUCCUAGCAUUAAGCGUGACAAUUUCUCGGAGGAAGAAGAUGACCUUAUCAUUCGGCUCCAUAAGCUACUUGGCAAUAGGUGGUCCUUAAUUGCUGGUAGGGUCCCCGGAAGGACAGAUAAUCAAGUGAAGAAUUACUGGAACACUCAUUUGAGCAAAAGGCUUGGGGUCAAGAAAGGAAAAUGCAAAGCCAGUGGCCCUUCUCCAGUAUUGUCCGCGGAAUUAAGGAAAGAUUCCAAUGCCUCGCCAAGUUCCAACUGUGCAAAGAGCCCUGCUUGUGAUGCGGGGGUUACAGGCCAGAAUGCCAUGGAAUAUGGGUAUAAGAGUUUAGUGGAGCUUACUAGCAGGCAAGGGAUGACAAUGGGCGAUUGGAGCAACUCUUUUUUGUUCUUGAAUGAUAAUGACCCAAAUCUUUAUACCCCCAAUUUGAUGGAAUUCCUAGAUGAAUCUCCGGAUUUUGUUGGGUAUGAUUUUUGAUUUCCUUUUCAUUCUGUAUCUCAAAAACACCUUAUUAAUAAAUAAUUUUCUUUUUUCAA